AUGAGUGAACCCACGGGGCCAGCUCCGGCUGCAUCAAAGGCGGCCACCAAAACGUCCGGCGGGAACAAUGCCUACCACAACUUUCACAAUGACUUUCUCCAUGUUCAUGAUAUUAAUGAACGCCGUCGCCUUGCUCUUGCCGAAGUUGACAAGGCGCCUUUUGGCUGGUACCACGUCAGGGCUAUUGUUGUUGCCGGCGUUGGUUUCUUCACCGAUUCCUAUGAUAUCUUUGCUGUGUCACUCUUGACCACGAUGCUGGGUAUAGUAUACUAUCCAGGAGUGGGCACGAUGCCCACAAACAGCGAUACAGCCAUCAAGUUGGCCACCUCGGCCGGCACUGUCGUCGGUCAGCUCGGCUUUGGUGCAUUGGCAGAUAUUCUCGGCCGAAAACGCAUGUACGGUCUCGAACUCAUCGUUAUCAUCUUCGCAACUCUGGCACAGGCUCUCUCCAGCGGCUCUGCUUCCAUGGACGUCAUCGGCGUAGUCAUCUUCUGGCGUGUUAUAAUGGGCGUCGGUAUCGGAGGUGACUACCCCCUAUCCAGUAUCAUCACCUCUGAAUUCGCGACAACCAAGUGGAGAGGCGCCAUGAUGGGAGCUGUGUUUGCAAUGCAGGGCCUCGGGCAGCUCACGGCCGCCUUCGUCAUGCUCUUCAUCACCCUUGGCUUCAAGAAGUCGCUCGAGCCGUCCACCAAACUUGCCAACUGCAACGGCGACUGCGCCGUCGCCGUCGACAAGAUGUGGAGGAUACUCAUCGGCUUCGGUGCCGUUCCUGGCUGCAUCGCACUCUACUAUCGUCUUACUAUUCCGGAAACCCCACGAUACACUUUCGAUAUCGCAAGGGAUGUCGAGCAGGCCGACGACGAUGUCAAGGCGUACAUCAACGGGAAGCGCCAGGGCAACCCCGACGAGGUCUCCCGCGUCGCUGGAAAGAAGGCUGCUGCCGAGCAGAUGGCCGUCCAACAGGCAAGCUGGCGUGACUUUAUCCGUCACUACUCGAUCCCCAAGAAUGGCAUGCUUCUGGCUGGUACUGCCCUCUCGUGGUGCUUCCUCGAUAUCGCCUAUUAUGGUGUCUCGCUGAACAACGCCACCAUCCUCAGCAUCAUCGGCUACUCGACCAAGGACGCCCACAACACCUACGAGAUCCUCUACAAUACGGCCGUCGGCAACCUGAUCCUCGUCCUCGCCGGCGCCGUCCCGGGCUACUGGUUCACCGUCGCGACGGUCGACACCAUCGGCCGCAAGCCCAUCCAGCUCGGCGGCUUCGGCCUGCUAACCAUCAUCUUUAUCGUACUCGGCUUCGCCUACAACCACCUGUCCUCGUCGGGCCAGCUCGCCCUCUUCGUGCUCGCGCAGUUCUUCUUCAACUUCGGGCCCAACUCGACCACCUUCAUCGUGCCGGGCGAGUGCUUCCCGACGCGCUACCGCUCCACCUCGCACGGCAUCUCGGCCGCCUCGGGCAAGAUCGGCAGCAUCAUCGGCCAGGGCGCCAUCGCGCCGCUGCGCACGCGCGGCGCCACCAAGGAAAAUCCGGCCCCCUGGAUGGACCACGUGCUCGAGAUCUACGCGCUCUUCAUGCUCUGCGGCUGCUUCUCGACGCUGCUGAUCAAGGAGACCAAGCGCAAGACGCUCGAGGAGCUGUCGGACGACAACGACUACGCUGCUCAGCACGGCGGCGGAGUCCUUGCUGGAGAUGAUGCUGCUGGCAACGGUGGCUCGUCGGAUGAGAGGAAGGAUGCUGGAAAGGCUGUCUAG